AUGCGUCUGCACUACUUCGUUAUCGUCAUCGCGGCGGCACUCCUUGGAAGUAGUACCGGCGUCUCGGCUACUGACUUGGAGCAGGCGACACUCUCCAAUACGGUUCCUAACCGCUCGCUCGUCAUUAUUCAAGCCGAUGCUGCGCCUAAGCGUUCCCUGAGGGCUCAUGACUCGCAGAGUGAAGAAGAAAGUGAGGAAAGAGGACUCAUUGAAAAUCUCAAGUUUUGA